AUGACCUUUUUAGAUCAGUCAUAUUUGCAAACAAGUGUAUGGAAACCGGACUUGUUCAAAGGUAAAGUCGUGUUUGUCACGGGGGGAGCAGGAUCCAUCUGCCGAGUGCAGACGGAAGCCAUGGUUUUGUUGGGAGCCAAUGCGGCUAUCGUUGGCAGAAACCAGCAAAAGACGGAUGAAGCAGCCAAAGAUAUACAGUCGUUGAGAGCCGGCUCCAAGGUUGUGUCGUUGCCCAAUGUCGAUGUGAGAGACGUCAAGCAGUUGAGUGCUGCAGUUGAAAAGACUGUGGCUGAAUUGGGCAGAAUCGACUAUGUCGUUGCCGGUGCCGCCGGCAACUUUUUAGCUGAUUUCAACCACUUGUCGUCCAAUGCAUUCAAGUCUGUCAUUGACAUUGAUCUCCUUGGCUCGUAUAACACGGUCAAGGCCUGUUUUCAAGAAUUGAGGAAAAACAAAGGCGCCAUUAUCUUCGUUAGUGCCACUUUGCACUACUACGGUGUGCCAUUCCAAAUCCAUGUUGGUGCAGCCAAGGCUGGUGUUGACGCACUUUCAAAUGCUCUCGCGGUGGAGUUGGGUCCCAUCGGAGUCAGAUCCAACUGCAUCGCACCUGGACCAAUUGACGACACCGAGGGUAUGUCCAGAUUGGGACGUGGCGAGAAGGACGCUGCGAUUGCAAGAGUUCCCAUGCAGAGGUUUGGCACUAAGCAGGAUAUUGCUGAUGCUACCGUAUAUUUAUUUUCCCCUGCAGCAACUUAUGUCAACGGCGAUGUGCUAGUAGUUGACGGUGGUGCUUGGCAAGUGGGACAGGGCGCCGGUCAAAAGGACUAUCCUGUUACGUUGAAGAAAUAUUUCGAUGCCCCAAAGGGAGCCAAAUUAUAG